AAUUCGCUCAGUCUUCCGAAAGAAAUACGACAGUGAACAUAUUUGACGUGCAAUUGCUUUUGCAAGAAUAUUAAAGUACGUUUUCAGUGAGAAAUCGAACGAAAUGACCGACGCAACAAAAUUGGUAGAAUUCAUGGAGCUAGUAGGCAGACUGAAGCAUGUCAAAAGGACGGGGUGGAUACUUAGCAAAGUAACAGAACCUGAAACUAUUUCUGGACACAUGUAUCGUAUGGCUAUGCUAUCCUUUCUGGUCGACAAUAAGGAAAAUUUAGACAGAGUAAAGAUAAUGCAAAUGACUUUGAUUCAUGACCUGGCGGAGUGCAUUGUUGGAGAUCUUACACCGCAUUGCGGAGUUUCCCCAGAAGACAAGCAUAAGCUGGAAGAUGAAGCGAUGCAAAAGAUCUGCGAUCUUCUAGGCGACAAGGGACCUCAAAUGUUGACGAUAUUCAGGGAGUACGAAGAUCAACAAACUCCGGAGGCUCAAUAUGUCAAAGACUUGGACAGGCUGGACCUAAUAAUGCAGGCAUUUGAGUAUGAAAAACGCGAUGCCACGCCUGGAAAGUUACAGGAAUAUUUUACUGCUACAAAUGGAAAGAUAAAGCAUCCAUUCGUUAAACGAUUAGCAGAAGAAGUUAACACGCAAAGAGAUGCCUUAGCAAACAUUCCAUGUAACGAUAAGUCAUAACCUUGAAUUAUAAAUUGGGGGUCGUUUUUCAGGUAUAUUGUACUAGCGACUCUGCAUAAUAAGGCUCAAGACUAUCGGAAUGUUGUCUGUGCUUAACUAAUAAAAUUUAGGAGAAUUAUGUCUUAGACCAGUAUUUGGGUUUUAGAAAAAAUGGUUUGCUGAAAAUAUAUAGUUCUGCUACUUGCAGAUGAAGGAAAUAAAGCUUGUCGUUACCUUAAAGCUCACAACGGCUUUCAGUUCUAUUUCAAACGUGUCUAAGAUAAUACAGCUAUGAUGCAGUAAUUUCAGAUUCAGCAAUAUUCUCGAAUUGCUCAUCUUUUAAAACCUUCGGCAGCAGGCUAAGCCCUACCAGAGUUUUGUUUUAUUCGUACCAGGAACUAUAGUUUCCACUUUUGAAAGAAAUAUGAUUGAAUAUUUUCAGUAUAACAGAUUUCAAUCUGGAUACAGAUGUAAGAAAAUUAUUAUAGUAUUAAAAGAAUACAGCGUCAGCUUUUUGAGUUGCGAAUCGUAUUUACUUUGCAACAUAACUUAUUCUCCAUCAAGUUCUUUUAAUUAUGUAAGAUAAAUAAUCUUACAGUCAAAUUUUUAUUAUCUGUACCCAAAAAAAAACAAACUGCAUAAUCAUAAUGAAGUGAAAUAUAUAGUAAUAUAUAAAUUAUGAAGUCUUUUUUAAACUGAACUAUUAUAUUCGGUUCUAUUAUGUAAGUACAAAUAAACGAUAGGUAACUAUAUUUGAGAAUAUUUUCGUGCAAACCAUGUGUGAGACAACUGUGC